CGUGGACCUGUCUACCGUGUCCGGAAAUGCUGUGGCUUUUUGUCCAGUCCGGAUAAUUUACCAUAUUUAUUGAAGCUGUCAGCUCAGUUUUAACAUUAUUAAUUUCCUACCUCUUACUAAGCAACUGCAUGUGUUCAUAAGACGAACACAGCACGCGCAGCACGAGUCGCAGCUAAUAACUUUGGAUACAAUCUUAGCUAGCAUAACAGAUGGCUAGCUAGCAAGCUAAUAGACUAAGAAGCUACCAGCUGAAUGUUUACAGUUAAUUUAACAAACUAACGGUUACGUUUUAACGAAAGAAUGAUUAAAAGCUAACGGAAGAAUGGCUAUACUCUUUACCAGUAAAUUGGCUGCGGUUUAAUGUCACUUUUAAGGUAAUGUUUAGGGUAUUGGGGAUUUAAAUACUUCAACUGGACUUUAACUGGAGCUUUAAGAUGGAAGAUAAAUACAGCAGCAAUGUACUCUCAGGGGGGAAACUGGGCAUGGUCGAGGUGCCCAAUUCUAGGUUAACCAGAUAUAUAGUUUUACUGAUCGUCACGAAGGUCCUCAAGGCUCUUGGGAUAUUUGAAUCUUAUGAUAUACUCAAAGUUGUCCACAUUGUCCAGUUCAUCUUUAUACUCAAAUUAGGGAGUGCUGUUAUCCUGCUUUUCUUUCAAAAGCCGUUCUCCUCUGGCAAAGUCGUCUCAAAAAGACAAUGGAUAAAGUUACUGAAGCAUGCAGUUUUCAGCUGCAUCAUUUCCCUCCUGGGCUUCUUCGGGCUAACUCUCUGUGGACCUCUGAGGACGCUGUUGCUUUUUGAGCACAGUGAUGUGGUGGUCAUUGCUCUUCUCGGUGUUUUGUUCACAAGCACAGGAGGGGGGCCAUCCAAGACCAGAGGCGCUGCUCUCUUCAUCAUCGCCGUGAUCUGCCUCCUGCUCUUUGACAACGACGAUCUCAUGGCAAAGAUGGCCGAGCACCCUGAGGGUCACCAUGACAGCGCGCUGACUCAUUUCCUCUACACUGCCAUUGCCUUUUUAGGGGUUGCAGAUCACAAAGGUGGAGUUGUUCUGCUGGUGGCCUCCCUGUGUAUGAAGGUGGCGUUUCACACGGCCUCCAGGAAACUGUCUGUGGAAAUCGGUGGAGCCAAACGCCUCUACGCUCUGGACAACCUGGUUUCUGCUGUGGUGCUGCUGCCCUGGGUCAUCGUGCUCUCAGCGACUACAGAAAGUAAAGUGGAGUCGUGGUCGUCCCUCAUCCUGCCGUUCGGGAUGAUCAUCCUCUCCGUGAUGAUCCUGGAGUUUUACGUGGAGGCCAUCUGCAACACCAAGAUGGAGGCGCCGAGGUGCGCCCGCUACGGAGCCAUCGCCCUCUUCCUCAGCGCCCUGCUGCUGGCCAACUUCUGGACCCACCCGCUCACCGACCAGCUGCGCUCCAUGAGCAAACCCCCCCAGCAGGUCAGCACCGAGCACGUGCUCUCGGGGGGGGUCAUCGUCAGCGCCAUCUUCUUCAUCAUGUCGUCCAGUAUUCUCUCGUCCCCCUCAAGGAAAGGUCAGAAGGGCACCCUGGUGGGCUACUCUCCUGAAGGGACCCCCCUCUACAACUUCAUGGGCGACGCUCUGCAGCACACAUCGCAGUCGAUCCCCCGCUUCAUCAAAGAUUCCUUGAAGCAAAUCCUGGAGGAGUACGACUCCAGACAGAUCUUCUACUUCCUGUGUCUCAACCUGGCGUUCACCUUCGUGGAGCUGUUUUACGGCGUUUGGACCAACAGUCUGGGGCUGAUCUCUGACGGCUUCCACAUGCUGUUCGACUGCUCCGCUCUGGUGCUCGGCCUGUUCGCUGCGCUCAUGACUCGCUGGAAAGCUACCAGGAUCUUCUCCUACGGGUUCGGUCGUGUGGAAAUACUUUCUGGAUUCAUCAACGGCCUGUUUCUCAUGGUCAUCGCUUUCUUUGUCUUUGUGGAGUCAGUCACCCGUGUGUUGGAUCCUCCCAAUAUAAACACUGACAUGCUGACACCGGUGUCAGUCGGAGGCUUGCUGGUGAACCUGGUGGGGAUCUGCGCUUUCAGUCACGCUCACUCCCACGGCGGCAAAAGCUGCUCGUCACAUGAAGAAAAAAGUAACUCUCACCACGGCCACUCCCACAGCGAGCACGGCCACUCUCACGGGGGCCACGGCAACUCUCAUGGCGGGCACGGAGGACACGGGAACUCCCACGGCUCCGGGGGCGGAGGCGGAGGCAUGAACGCUAACAUGAGAGGUGUUUACCUCCACGUACUGGCUGACACGUUGGGCAGCGUGGGCGUCAUCAUCUCCACCAUCCUCAUCCGUCAGUUCGGCUGGUUGAUCGCGGACCCAAUCUGCUCGCUCUUCAUCGCAGUGCUCAUCUUCCUCAGCGUCAUCCCUCUGCUGAAGGACGCCUGCGAGGUGCUUCUUCUGAGAAUUCCCCAAGAAAAUGAGAAGGAGCUGACCAGUGCGCUGGAGAAGAUCGAGAAGAUAGAAGGAGUGUUGUCGUACAGAGACGCUCAUUUCUGGAGGCACUCGGCCAACAUGGUGGCGGGGACCAUCCACCUGCAGAUCAUGGCAGACGUGGUGGAGCAGAGGAUCGUUCAGCAGGUGACGGCCAUUUUGAAAGACGCCGGGGUGAACAAUCUGUCGGUGCAGGUGGAGAAGGAGGCGUACUUCCAGCACAUGUCGGGACUCAGCACGGGAUUUCACGAAGUUCUUGCGAUGACGCAGCAGAUGGAGUCCAUUAAAUACCUGAACGAUGGGACACUUAUAAUGUAACGCAAAUCUUUUGGACCAAAUGAAACUUUUUCGGAUUCACUUUUUUUUAUUGAGAUGUACAGUAAAUGUAUGAAUGUGGUUUGAAUAAAUCUGAAUAUAUUGGC